AUCAAAUUUUAAUAAGUUUGCAAAAAUACUAAAAACGGUAAAGUACUAGUGACAUUUCUACUUCACAACUGAAAGUUGUGGUUAUUCUUGAAUGAAAUCUAAAACAAAGUAACAGUUAGCAGUGUAGAGGUGGACUAUUUAACAUGAAGUGAUUAAAAAUGUUUCAUUGUAAACGGACUACUAACUCAUGCAUACUUUUUUUCUUCAUUUGUUUGGAUGCAGCACAUCCGACUGAAUAUGUUUAAGUAUGUUUAAAUACCAUUUUAUUUAGAAAAUUCUAGAUAUUAGUUAAAAAACUUCAAAAACAUAAACGUAUAAAUCACAUAUUGUCAUUAAGAAGCAUAAUUUGCAUCAGUGGAAUUCUGAAGCGAAAUAAUGUCUGUUGGUUAUUGGAAGAGGAAGGAAUGUCUUUAAAAUCUUGACUACGAAGAUAUGACAUCAUGUAUUGAGACUCACAGUAACCUUUAACAAAAUUGGUCCCUGUAUCUACGAAACAGAAAGAAAAAGUCGUCUGUACAAACUGUUACUUUCAUUUUUCCCCUAUGUCGUGAAAGUAAUUUGGGUUUACCAUAUCGAAAACUGUCGCAAGACCUUUUUCACUGACAUUGAGCGGUAAAAAUCUUGAUGUCUAUCUGCCUAGUGAAUAAAGAACCAGUCUUAUUACUUAUGUUGUUGUAAAACCUAUACCUAUGAUGUCCCUGUUUGGUAAUAGUCCUAAACAAAGUAAACUUGCAAGUUUUGUCUUCAUAGUGUUGGCGAAAAUAUUUCGAAUGGAUGUUCUCUGGGGAUUAUUUGUUCGUAGGUUAACAAUUGCCAGCAUGAGUGUUAAAGAAUUCUAAAAGAUUGUUAAUUGACAAAUUUAUUAUUAUAGUCUUCUUAUCGAAGGUACAUGUCCGACUCUCAGCUCCUCUUCCGUUAAGAUGGAAUCUCAAAUACAAUAAUCCUGCAUCCAUUUUAUUGAACAUGCUACCAACUGGUAGAGCGUGACCGCCUAAAGUAAAAUUAGUCUGCAUUAGGUAAUUAUUUAGUAUUCGUGUUCGUGAAUGUUUUAUCUAUAGUGGUAAUCUAAUUAAAUACACUUUUUAUCUUUGUUUUCAGAAAUCUAGGUUCCGAAUGGAUCACAACCAGUUUAAAUUUGACUUUCCAAUAGAACAAGUUUUGGAAGAAUGGAAAACAUUAGAUGAAAAUGAAGACAUACCGGUUGAAGAUCAGGAGAACGAUAACGACGAAUCGAAUAUUCUUAGUCAAGAAUCCUUUUUUGCUCCUCACUAUAAAGAUGGUAUUGAAUAUUUUUCCAUAAAAAAUCCUGAAAAAGUAAAGCAAGAGUGGCUUGAAGCUAGAAAAUUAAUUAUACCACAUAUUCAGAACGUUGUAAAACAUCUAGUUCGAGAGAAAUUUCAAAAAUGA